GAAGAGCUACCAGAGGUGUUGAAGAGCUACCAGAGGUAGUUGAAGAGCUACCGGAGGUGAUUGAGGAGCUACCCGAAGUUGUCGAGGAAUUACCAGAGGUAGUUGAGGAGUUACCGGAGGUGAUUGAGGAGUUGCCGGAAGCAGUCGAGGAGCUACCAGAGGUAGUUGAAGAGCUGCCAGAUGUGAUUGAAGGGUUGCCAGAGAUGGUUGAGGAGUUGCCAGAGGUAAUCGAAGAAUUGCCAGAGAUGGUUGAGGAGUUGCCAGAGGUAAUCGAAGCGAUGCCGGAAGUGGUUGAAGAAAUGGCGGAGGAGGUGGUUGAAGAGGUGCCUGAGUUUGUCUCCGCCGAGUCCCUGCAAGAGGAGGCGCGGCUAAUCACGGAAGAAGAGCGAGCCAGCGACGAGUACGUCUCGCUGGAGCCGACCCUGGAGUCACUGCCGUCGGGCGAGUUUGCGGAUGAACUGGUCUCGGAGGCGGAGUACGUCUCUUCUGAGGGGGAAUACGUAUCGUCGCCGGAAUUCGUGUCUGACGAGGACGAGGAGUAUGCCUCAGAGGAGUAUGCCUCAGAGGAGUCUGAAGAGUAUGCUUCAGAGGAAGACGAGGAGUAUGCCUCAGAGGAGGACGAGGAGUAUGCCUCAGAGGAGGACCGGGAGUAUGCCUCAGAGGAGGGCGUAGAGGAUCUUGUUACCUCGAUGGAGGCACCGGAGGCAGUCGCUGCACCGGAAGUGGUUGAGAAAGUGGUUGCACCGAACGUUCUCGUGCCGGGGGCGGUUGUUGAUCCGACGUCGGCGGUGAGUGCGUCUGCGAUGCAGGAGCAGGAUUUGCCGCGACUGGUUUGGGGUGAUGUGCCGCCGGUGACGCCUCCAACUCCGCCGGUGGCGGCGAAGGAGCCGGUGAUAUUCUUGGACGGCUUUGGUCGUCCGGUGGUGCCUGAGAUUACGCCUUGGGACGAAUUGAAUUUGCCGCACAUUGAGUUCCUGGAGGACCCGGAAUUGGGGUUGAUUCGUCUGGACGCCAAGCUGGAUGAGUUCGGUCGGCCGCUGGCGCCGGAUAUGGCGCCGCCUGAGGAAGGCGCGAUGGCAGUUAAGCCGGUAGUGAAGCCGGCAAUAAAAGCUGCAGUGGAACAAGCGGUGGAACGGGCGGUGCCGGCGGCGGCACCGCCGCUCCCGACGGCGCCGGGCAUGGAUUUGGUGGAGGCCGGCCGUGGGGCGGAGAGGCCGGAAGACCGUGCUCGAAUAGACCUCACGGCGCCGGACUUGGCGACACAGUACGACCGAGUAACACUGAGUAAGGCGCCCGGGGUCCAGACGGGGCUGGGCGACGUCUCGGGUCUGGACGUGAUCGACAUGGUCGUGGGCCCGGACUUCGACUUGAGUACUCUGGACAUUGAGGAGGGGCGACGGCGACCGUCGGCGGUCGUGGCCCCAGAGUUGGAGACGGUGGCGGGAGGCGAGCGAGGACGAGCGAAGGAGGGCGGGCUGGAUGGACUUGAAAGCGCAGCGGGGGUGCAGGUGGGCCGGAAGGGCGGCGACGCGGCCUUCCGUCUAAAGGGUCCUGGAGAGCUGGACUUAGAAGUGGACGGCUUGCGAAGAUUUGGGAAGGCGACGCCGUUCAAGCCUUUGGAGGCGCCGAAAGGGCGAGAGGUACCGACGCUGAAAGAGCGGGAGGAAGAAGCAGCAAAAAAGCCGGAGACGGAGGAGGCGCGUCGGACCAAAUGGAAGGAAUCGCUGCCUAAACAAAAGGUAGAGGCCGAACCCGAAGCGGAGGCCGCCAGACGCCGCGUUCCGGGCGGCAUCCGACCUAAGUUAGAGCGCAAGGAGACAGGCGACAUCGUUCCCGGUCGCAAGAUCGUGGUACGCGGUCCGCCCGUCUACCAGGGCCAACACCGCUUCGGUUACCGACCAGAUGCGGCCGAGACGGUCCCCUCGCUACGGCCUGGACUAAGACCGGAAGCCACCGAAGAAACGCCGGAACAACGCGACUUGGAACACACCCGAGUGGUCGAGCGAGAGGCACCUGGUGGGGCCGCCGUAAUCACACGCAAACCAAUCAGCAUACCCGAUGCGUUUAAAUACAAACCCGGUGGCUUCGGCUGGGAGGCAAAGCUCUCUAAGGCCGCGAAGCCGGAAACGACAGGACCCAAGCGUUUUGGUUUCGGCUUUGGUCCUCGGGGUCCUGUCACCGAACUGCCGCAACGCAAAAAGGAAGAAGCCGAGGUCGAAAGCCGCGGCCGCCGUAUCAGCGUCCAACACGGGGCGCUGCCCGAUGCAGCCGGGCCGCAACGCGUCGACUUGCGCCCCAGUGGCCGAGUCCGGCCGGGCGCAGCCGGGCCGCGUCCGGACGUGGCGGUGCAGCGGCCCGACUUUGAGAAGGCGUUGUUCCAGAAACGCCCCGCCAAGGCGCCCCCGGGACCGGGCUUCCGGCCGGUGACGCCCGCAGAAGAGUUGUCGCCUGAAGAGGACCUGUCUUCCGAAAUGUUGUCUUCUCGACGGGCGGCCUCGCCACGGGCGGCCUCGCCACGGGCGCCGUCCGAGAGGUCGCCGUCAGAAGAAGAGGAACCGUCUUCGCCGUCGGAAGAGACCGUGUCCGAAGAAGUGAUAUCGGAGGAAAUCGACGAAGACGGCAACGUGCAGACGCGCACUUACAAGACCCACGUGCGACGUAAGAAACCUCCGCGUCCGCGACGUCGGCGACCUCCACGGACGACCGCGGAAGAGGAAGAAGUGGAAAUGGUCUCGACGGAAGAAUCGUACGAGAGCGAGGACGCGGAGACGGGGAAGAAGGUGCGGAAGAAGCGACGUGUGCAUCGGCCAAUCAAGAAGGUGAUCCAGGACCUGUAUGGCGAUUGGGAGCGAAUGGCAGGGCAGUUUGGUCGCGGGAAGGACCGUCAGCGACGCCGGCGACACGGGGAGCGGGAGGCGCAGGAGGACGCGGACUGGGGCGACUACUUGGGUGACCAGGGCACUGCCGGAACGGCGGGUCGCCGCCGACCGGGCCGGCCGGGUGCACGCGGAGAAGGCGCAGAGGGGGAGGAAGGGGGAGGCGACUUCUGGAAAGGCUUCGGCUUCGGAGGUCCCGAGCGGCCAGGCGACCGGCGUCGCAGACGGCCGGGGGCGCCAGCGGAGGAAGAGGAGGAGGAGGAGUCGCUAGGGAGCGAGGUCGGGAGCGAAGUAGCCUCGGACGAGGUGGUGGUGGCUCCCGAUGGUACUCGCCGGCGCCGCCGGCCACGCCGGCGGCGAGCCGACGCCGGUCCCGGCGGGCCCGGCGGAGGAGACUGGGAAGCGAUGUACGGCGCGGGUGGCGGUGGUGGUGGCAAGGCGGGAGAAUUCGGGUGGGGUCGUAUGCGCAAAGUUAAGGGUGCAGACUUGAACCUGCAGAAGCAACUGGGACGCUAUUUGCCGACGACUUCCGCCUUUUCCAAGUGGAGUCAGUGGCGGCGCGGGAAGGAAGAGGAUAAGCGGAAGAAGAAGAAGAAGGAACCUAAGCGCGACUCGACGGAGCUGAUUCCCAUCAUCAAGUUGCCCGAAAAUCCGAGGCCGGCCCCGCCCAAGUCACCGCCAGACAUCGCGUCUCUGCGUCUGGAAGGCGACGUGGCCAAACGACGCCGCAAACAGGCCGCGAAAAAGGCGGGCGUGGAGGCAGGUGCGAUGGACUUUUGGAGUUCCCAGUACGGCGCUGAAGCAGCGCCCGCCGUCACCUCGGAACUCGCCAAGGUGCGCCUCAAACGGCGCAAGCACCCCGAAGAACGCCACCGGCGACACGCUGGCGCCGCAGAGGCUGCAGCAGGCGCCGCCCAACCCGACUGGCUUGCUUUCCUCAAGGUCCCCGAACCAGCGGU